GUUACAGCUUGCACACAGUCUACCAUCAAUUCAUCGAAUUGGCAACUUGUCGGCCACAGUGAAUGAGUUGACCCGCGUGCGUUUGCGUAGGUUUAAAAAUGAACAUGGCCGACGUCCCCAUCCAAGUUGACGUGAACCCGAAUGAGGACACAGAAUGGAAUGACAUUCUACGGAAACAUGGCAUAUUACCGGAGAAGCCUCCAUCUCCAACGCCGAUGAUAGAGGAAGCUCUCCAGGAAGCGCGACGCUUAGCUCACGAAAAUCGUCUCGAAGGAAAAGACCUUGAUGAGCUUGCCGAGCUUGAAGAUGAAGAAGAUGAAGAUUUCCUCGAGUCUUAUCGGAAAAAGCGAAUGGCUGAGCUCUCGACAUUAAGUAGCAAGUCCAUCUAUAACCAAGUAUAUCCUCUACAGAAAGUAGAUUGGUCGCGUGAAGUCACGGACGAGUCGCACAAAGCCUUUGUGCUAGUUCUUUUGACAUCAUCGCAUGGGACGAACACCGAAUCCCAUCUUAUGAUUGAGAUAUGGCGUGAGCUGGCACGAAGGUUUGGCGAUAUUAAAUUUUGUCAAAUUCGAGGUGAUUUGUGUAUCGACGGCUAUCCAGAUAGAAACACACCUACCAUACUUAUUUACAAAGAUGGGGACAUCAAGAAGCAGAUCGUCACGUUACGUGAGCUCAGAGGUUCACAGACCACUUCUCGAGAUAUUGAGAAUAUAUUAAUCGAUAGUGGAGCACUCAAAAUAGGUGACCAUCGAUUGCAUAAGCUUGACGAUGACGCAGCACCUAUACGCCAAACAGGACAAAGUGCUUCCGCCAAGGACGGAGACGAAGACAGCGAUUGGGACUAAGACCUGGGAGGAUGAAGUCUUCUUGAGAAGUUGAAGCUCGACAUUCGAUUCCAAUUUCGACGAGAUUUAUGCCUAAAUCUGCGUAGAUCCCGGACUUGACGUGCGUUCUCAUUGAUUGCAGCGAUUGAUGAGGAAGCGAGACGUGUCUGUGGCGACAAUCUUGCUGCAUGCUCUGAUGUAAACCGCGAGCUUUCAUUACCAAUGGUAGAGACGUGAUUUGACCUAAAACUAGUUCGAAAACUAGAAUAGGAUCCAACCUUUGUCGGACUUUUUCUCUAAGCGCUCUAUUGCACCAGCUAUUCCGCAACGAUAGGCGUGGAUAGUCCUUGGUAGCAAAGGGCCAGCUGGGCUAUGUGAAUUCACGCCAUUCCGAGAUCUGUAGUAGAAUAAAUGCACAGCGCAUGGUCACAUGUUGCCUCUUCGCUUGGUGCUUAUUCAAGGCAUGACGAAUCCGCAAGGUCUUGGCAGACGCAUCCAAGCUUUUUCCAAGAUCUCAACGUGCAUCACCUCUGUCCGUCAUCUCGAAUCUUCAAAAGAUACACAUUAUGU